AUAAAAUAUGUAUCCAGCUAGCAAUCCUUCCUUUUUUUCAACUUGUCUCUGUUCCACAGACACUUCUUCACUUCUCUCGUCUCCCCUUUUGACAGGCACACACGCACCACGUUUCCAUGGCGUCUGCCUCCACUGGCUAGUCUGCAGAUCCAGGUUCCGCUUUAGCAUGUGUCGCUACUGUAGCGUUGCUGCGGAGUCCGCUGGCCUGCCCUGCCCCCGGACUUAUGGCCUCCGCAGCACCACCACCACCGGCGCCACAGUACUGAUCCGUAGCGCACUCCGGUCCCAGGAACAGCGCCGCACAUGGAGGUGUGUAUUGCGCUAACCUUUUUUUUUACUGGAUGCUACCACUGUGACCUCUUUGGUCUGCUCUCUGUUGUUUCUGUUUUUUAUGGGUUCGGCAUUAGCAGCUUCCUCCGGCAACCGUAGCUCCGGAAGGUGUUGCGCCGCAGGAUCUUGCGACUGGCACCGCUUCCGUCCAGAGAGUUUCUAUUUCAAUUUAAAGCAACCAUUGUCCCUCUUCUCUUCUCAUCGUAGCAUUAUUAGCACAUACAAACACUCACACUUCGGCCUUUCACAUCCAAUUGAGUUAUUUACCUCGUACCUCACACAAAUCACCGCCCAUCAUGUCCAACUUGAUCCCCCGCUUCAGCACCAUCAAGCCCGCAAAGCCUACCUUGACGGAGGCUAAUUUGCCCGACCAAAAGGGCAAGGUCUUCAUCGUCACCGGCGGCACCAGCGGCGUCGGCAAGGAGCUCUCCGGCAUCCUCUACCAGCGCAACGCCAAAGUCUACAUCGCCGCCCGCUCCCAAGACAAGUACAAUGCGGCCGAAAAGGAAAUCAAGGACGCGCACCCCGAAUCCACCGGCGAGCUCCUCUUCCUCAAGCUUGUCCUCGACGACCUCACCGGCAUCAAGGCCUCGGCCGACGACUUCCUCGCCAAGGAGUCCAAGAUUGACGUCCUCUUCCUCAACGCCGGUGUCAUGAUCCCCGCCCAGGGAUCCAAGACAACCCAGGGCUACGAGCUGCAGCAGGGCACCAACAACUUGGGCCAUUUCUUGUUUGCCAAGCUGCUCACACCUACGCUAGUCGAGUCUGCAAAGACGGCCCCCAAGAACUCGGUGCGCAUCGUCUGGGUCUCGUCGUCUGCUGCCGACUUUGCCCCCAAGCCCGCCAUUGACUUUGACAACAUGGACUAUGCCAAGGACGAGAGCCGCUUCACAAAGUACGCCCGCAGCAAGGCCGGCAAUGCUAUUCAUUCUUGCGAGUUUUCUCGCCGCUAUGCCGACUCUGGUGUCAUCAGCCUUGCCCUCAACCCCGGAAACCUCAGAUCGGAGCUCCAGCGCCACAUUACCAGCUUCCAGCGUGCCGUUGUCGAUUGGAUGCUCUACCCUCCCAAGAACGGCGCCUACACCGAGCUCUUUGCCGGUCUGUCCGACACCAUUGACGAGGAAGACAACGGCGGAUGGCUUGUUCCCUUUGGCAAGGUUGAGCCUAUCCGCGCCGACCUCGCUGAGGCUGAGAUUGGCAAAAAGUACUGGGAGUGGUCCGAGGAGCAGGUCAAGCAGUACUGCUAAGAUGGCAGCGUGCCGUCCUCCUCGCAUCUUUUUCUCUUUUUGUUGCAAAUGAAUCUCGAAGAAAUAGUUUGAUGCUUAUUUGCUUGAUAUCCAAAUUUACUAAUACCAUUUACUUUUACAAUGCUAUAA